CGUUGAAUCCUUCCGAUUUUUCCAUUCCGAUCCCCGCACUCCUCUCCACUCUUCUUGCCCCCUCCCUCUCCCCUGUCUGUUUCAAACCAUUUCAAAUCACUCUCCCUCCCCCACUCAUCCCCCUCCGCUCUCUCGCUCACAUCCCAGGACCCAGCCGCGCGCGACCCCGACCCCUCCGGCGGCCACCACCGGGCGCUCCCACCGCCGGCUCGCCGAUACCGCGCCGAGAGAUUGCUCCUGGCGAUGGGUAGCGCGGUGAGAGACCACCAGCAGCAGCUCCACCCGUGCGAUUCGCUUCUCCUCGAGCUCAACGUGAUCUGGGAUGAGGUCGGCGAGCCCGACACGGUGCGGGACAAGACGCUGCUGGAGCUUGAGCAGGAGUGCCUCGAUGUCUACAGGAGGAAGGUCGACCAGGCCAACCGCUGCAGGGCUCAGCUGCGGCAGUCCAUCGCCGAGGCCGAGGCUGAGGUCGCCGGCAUCUGCUCGGCCAUAGGCGAGCCACCGGUUCACGUCAGGCAGUCAAACCAGAAGUUGCAUGGUUUAAGGGAGGAGUUGAAUGCAAUUAUCCCAUAUUUAGAGGAGAUGCGGACUAAAAAGGUUGAAAGAUGGAACCAGUUCGUUCAUGUCCUCGAGGAAAUUAAGAAAAUCUCAUCCGAAAUCAGGCCUUCAGACUUUGUGCCAUUUAAAACUCCUGUGGAUCAGUCUGAUCUGUCGUUAAGAAAGUUUGAGGAGUUAACGAAGGAGCUAGAAUCCCUUCAGAAAGAGAAGAGGGAAAGAUUAAAGCAAGUGAUGGAUCAUUUGAACACAUUACAUUCCUUAUGUGAGGUGCUUGGCAUUGACUUCAAACAAACAGUGCAUGAGGUGCACCCUAGCCUGGACGAAGCUGAAGGAUCAAAGAACCUGAGCAACACUACAAUCGAGAGACUAGCAUUGGCUGUGGAUAGACUUCGUGAAAUAAAAAUUCAGAGGAUGCAAAAGCUUCAAGACUUUGCAUCGACAAUGCUAGAACUAUGGAAUCUUAUGGAUACACCAAUUGAAGAGCAGCAGAUGUUCCAGAAUGUAACGUGCAAUAUUGCUGCCUCGGAGCAUGAAAUAACGGAACCCAACACCCUGUCGAUCGACUUCCUCAGCUAUGUGGAAGCUGAGGUUUUAAGGCUUGAGCAAUUGAAAGGAAGCAAAAUGAAGGACCUUGUUUUGAAAAAGAAAUCAGAACUGGAGGAGCACAGAAGACGCGCGCAUCUAAUUGGCGAGGAAGGAUAUUCAGAUGAAUUUAACAUUGAGGCUAUUGAGUCGGGAGCUAUUGAUCCUGCAUUGGUGCUGGAACAAAUUGAGGCUCACAUUGCAACAGUGAAAGAUGAAGCUUUCAGUCGAAAGGAUAUUCUUGAGAAGGUCGAAAGAUUUCUGAAUGCAUGUGAGGAGGAAGCCUGGCUGGAAGAUUACAACAAAGAUGAUAACCGUUACAAUGCUGGGAAGGGGGCACAUCUGACGCUCAAGAGGGCUGAGAAAGCUCGCAUUUUGGUUAACAAGAUUCCGGGAAUGGUAGACGUUUUGACCACAAAAAUCAUUGCUUGGGAGAAUGAAAGAGGAAAAGAGUUCACAUAUGAUGGUGUACGCCUUCUCUCAAUGCUGGAUGAAUACAUGAUUGUUCGCCAGGAGAAAGAACAAGAGAAGAAGAGACAAAGGGAUCAGAAGAAGCUCCACGAUCAACUCAAAGCUGAGCAGGAAGCUCUCUACGGUUCAAAGCCAAGUCCAUCCAAGCCUCAAAGCAUAAAGAAGGCGCCUAGACACUCGAUGGGUGGUGUAAACCGCAGGGUGUCCAUGGGUGGAGCCACGAUGCAAGCACCCAAAACAGACAUACUGCAUUCCAAGAAUGUUCGUGCUGCCAAGAGAACUGAAGACAUUGCCCAUUUGUCCCCUGCCAGCAGAGGCUUGGACAUUGGCGAUCUUCCCAUCAAGAAGCUAUCUUUCAAUGCCACUGCCUUGCGUGAAACCGAGACACCUCGCAAGCCUUUUGCGCAGAUCAUGCCGCCGCCAAGCAGUGUCCCCUCCACUCCUGCGCGCUCUGUCACCAACGACACCGAGGACGAGAACCGGACCCCCAACCCCAAGACAUUUGGAGCAGCACUGAACCUGAAGACCCCGAUGACCGUGGCGGCUCCGAUGCAGUUGGCAAUGACGCCAGCUGUGGCUAACAAGGUCACGGCUGCUCCUGUCUCCCUUGUCUACGAGAAACCAGAGCCAACAUUGCCGGAGGCGAUCGAGUAUUCCUUUGAAGAAAGGCGGUUGGCCGUCUAUUUGUCAAGAGAAGUUGUUUAAGCUGCUGAGACAUGUCAAGAUCUCCACUCUCUGCGUAGGUGAAAGUUGGAAACCUGACGGCUGUUACUGUGAGACACUAGCUGCUGCCUUUGUUGGUCGACGACAGUCGCCCAGUGCUGUUCUGAUUGUUCCCCUGCCACAUUUGAUUGUUUCCAUACUCAGCAAAGGAAGCUUGCACUUCAGCAGCUUCCCUUCAGCACUGCCAUUGGUUAGAUAUAAUUAAUAUGUAUAGGUUUCUUUCUCGGCUCUGAAUCAUCUUGAAUCUGUUUGAUUAAUGUAGAUCUGCACUGUUUUUAAUCCUCAAGUGAUGAUGUGUUUCUUA